CUUCGUGUUAUCUGCCGCCCUGAACCAUAAACAAAUCCAUCAACCCUCUCAGGGCCACGGAAAUCCCCCCAGACCGGCCCAACAUGGAGGACUUGCCCACAUCCAAAAUGGCGACACCAGCUUCAUGAAAUCAGACGGUGAGGUCAGAGCUGGGACUGCUGAGACAGGGAGAAGGGUGGUAAUAUGUGGAGCGAGCUGGGAUGUGUGUUACGAGGAGCCUCAAGAGUGGGGCAGGCUGCAGUGUACAUGGGGUGUGAGCGCUUUCGAAUGGUCAGGAUCACCUCAACACUUGGAACAGGAAUUAAUUCAAUGCAAGCUGCUGCUGAACGGUGUGUGAGAAUCGUAUUCACCCGUAGCCAGACCAGCAUUCCAGAUUCAAGAGUUCGUUCGCCUUCCCCAGAGCCCAGUUUAUCAGACUUUCCCCCGGCAGAAGAGAUGACCAGCUCCAUAGAUGGAGCCCCUGGUACAGCAAUCUAUGAUUCACUGUUGGCAAGGAAAGGCCCAGACUUGUCUAGAACAGGCAUUGGGCAGAUCAGAACAUUCCGAAAUUAUAGCACGGUCAGGGGCCUGACAGCUGACGAACUCAAACGGAUGAGGGAAACCAAAUCACAGAAUGAAGCCGAGAGGCCUGGAAAAAUGAAACGACAGAAGCUCAGUGACCGAGCUCGAGAGAGGAAGGUGCCUGCGUCUCGGAUGAGCCGCUUGGCAAACUUUGGAGGCCUCGCGGUUAGUCUUGGAAUCGGUGCAUUGGCAGAAGUCGCAAAGCAGUCUCUGAGCAGAGGAGAGAAGCAGAAUGCAGGUAGCAGUUCUUACCUAAUGGCCAACCCAUUCCUGAGUGAAACUAAUGCAGAGAAAAUUGUGGACACGCUGUGCAAAGUGCGAGGAGCAGCGCUGAAGAUAGGGCAAAUGCUCAGCAUACAAGAUAACUCCUUUAUCAGUCCGGAGUUGCAGAGAAUCUUUGAGCGUGUCCGUCAGAGCGCAGACUUCAUGCCAACAUGGCAAAUGACGAAAGUUCUAGAGGAGGAACUGGGUUCAAAUUGGAGAGAUAAGUUGGAUUACUUUGAAGACAGACCUUUUGCUGCAGCGUCCAUUGGUCAGGUUCAUUUUGCAAAGUUAAAAGAUGGUCGCGAGGUAGCUAUGAAGAUCCAGUAUCCGGGAAUCGCUCAGAGUAUAAACAGCGACGUGGACAAUCUUCUGGCAAUACUGAAAAUGAGCGUGGUUUUUCCUGAAGGACUAUUUCCCGACAGUAGCAUCCACGUUCUACAGAAAGAGCUCUCCUGGGAAUGUGAUUAUAAACGCGAAGCCAGCUGUGCAAAGCAGUUCAGACAGCUCCUGAAUGGCGAUCCCUUCUUCUGCGUUCCACAGGUCAUUGAUGAGCUCACAGCGGAGCGGGUACUAACGCUGGAGCUGGUGUCUGGAGUGCCACUAGACCAGUGCGUGAACCUGGACCAAGAGACACGGAAUCAGAUCUCGUACAACAUCCUGCGUCUCAGCUUACAGGAAAUCUUCCAGUUUCGCUUCAUGCAGACAGAUCCAAACUGGUCAAAUUUCUUCUAUGACGAAGAAAAAAAUAAGAUUAAUCUACUGGAUUUUGGUGCUAGUCGGAAAUUUGGAGAGGAAUUUACAGAUGAUUAUAUUGAGGUUGUUAAGGCGGCUGCAGACAACAAUAGAGAAAAAGUUCUGCAAAAAUCUCGGGACCUUAAAUUCCUAACAGGGUUUGAAACUAAGGUCUUUGAAGAAGCUCACAUAGACGCAGUAAUGAUCCUCGGGGAGGCAUUUGCUUCAGAAGAGCCGUUCAAUUUUGGCACACAGAGCACUACAAGCAGAAUCCAUGACCUAAUCCCAGUCAUGCUAAAACACCGACUCACUCCACCACCGGAAGAAUCCUACUCGCUGCACCGCAAAAUGGCAGGCUCCUUCCUGAUCUGUGCCAAGCUGCGAGCCAUAAUCCCGUGCAAGGAGCUAUUCCAGGGCAUAUACCGCCAAUACUGGGAGCAGCGACAUGGGGGAGAGCAGGCGAUAAGCUCAUAGUGAACUUCUUUUCCAGCUUGGAAAUGGGUGUAAUGAUUCAGUGCCACCCCAGCCUGAUGGGAACCUGCUAACGUGUUAUCCACGUGUUUAUAAGGCUUGCAUUCAGAGACCCAGCUGAGGACAGGUGCAUUUCUGGUGCAUAGUGGGAUGGAGAGAGAAUAAAGACGGAAGGGUAAAUUGAGAAAACAAGUGAGGACGAAUGAGGAUAAAUAGCCACCUCUCCACACUUCCACCAAGAAGAAUAUUUAAUCCAGACAUUGGAUGUAUAGAUUUAAUUUGAUAAAUUACCCAUAUGUCACAUUGUUGUGAAAGGAGCCUUUAAUGUUCUUAUUAAUCUCUCUAUUUCUCACACAUACCCACCAAAACGGAGAAUUGAAGGCUGUUCGUGUCACUGCAGGUCCUUGUUAACUACAUUUCCCAUGAUGCCCAUUAAGCUUUUGGGGUAUGAGCAUCAUGGGAAAUGUAGUUUGUGAAGCUCUGCAGUGGCAUGGUUAACCAUUACUAACUUAGAGCCAAUCUCAUGUCGUUCUGUUUGUAAGAAAAGAAAGAAAAAUCCUGAUUAUAAAGUUAUUUGCCUUUAGAAGUAAAUUAAAGUGAAAUGUCCGUU